CUUCUUCUUCUUCUUCCACUUCUUCUCUGUGUCUCUUCUGUCGUUCUUGGAGCUAAAAACGUUUGUUGGUUUCGGACCUUUGGGGUAGACGAGCCGUCACUCCCCGCGUUCUCAUUUGUUUUUCCGCUUGUUGGAGCAUCUCUCGGCGGACGGAAGCCCCGCUCACCGACGCUUUAGGAAAACGAGGCGCCACAUUAAUCGAACACGGCUGCGCCAAAACUAGUGCUAGUUAGCAACAUAGCUGAGUCUGUGCUGGUCGGAGGGAGCGGUUUGAUAUUGACAUUCAUUCUGCAAUUAUUUUUAUUUCCCUUCAUUGGUUUAAGUGUUCCUGGAAGGAAAAGUUGUGUCCGGGUUUCAGCACCAGGCGAAGCGUCACUCACGGGACACCUGAAGCCUCGCUGCGGUCAGGUUUGAGCCGGUUGUCGCUGGCUCUGCUGCUAAGUCACACCGCUGCGUAUUUACAGGCUGGAAGCCCGUUGACUGGAGGCCCGAGUCCAGCGCCACCAUCCGCCGCCACAGUGUUUGCAUCGGUCCGCAUAGAAAAGUGACAGCUUACCUGGUGACGCAGAGACUUCUCCCUGAGGAGCCUAGACGCAGACGGCUCAUGACUUCUGACCAGGACACAAAAGUCGUCGCUGAACCACAGGUGCAGCAAGUGCAAGAGGCAAAAGAAAACUCUCAUUCGGAAUCAGUCAAGGUUUCAGACCUCAACCCCAAUGCCAAGGCAUGGGCCAACCACGUGUUUAACCUGGACCCCACUGGGAGCGCUGACACCCCCACUGCUGCCCCGCAGCCAUGGAAGGACACCUGCGACAGUUCGGCCGACCCCGGCCCAGAAGACUAUGAAGCCUCUGAGGACCAGGCCAAUAAGGAGCCUCUGCUGACGGACCCAGAUGAGCCGCCGCCAGUGCCAGUGAUGCCGGCCCCCGUGACCCCUGUGACCCCCGUGACCCCGGUCAACCUGGAGUGUGGCGAGCCGGUCUUUACAGAGUACCCUGAGUCUGUGCAGCCCGGACACACAGGAAGUGAAGUCCAGCCUGAGAACCCACAGGAGGACCUGAGGGAGCACCUGAAGAAGACGCUGGAGUUCUGUCUUUCCCGGGAGAAUCUGGCCAGUGACAUGUACCUCAUCUCCCAGAUGGACAGUGACCAGUAUGUGCCAAUUGUGACGGUGGCCAACCUGGACCACGUCAAGAAGCUCAGCACUGAUGUGGAGCUGAUUGUAGACAUUUUACGAUCUCUGCCGUUGGUCCAGGUGGAUGAGAAGGGGGAGAAGGUCCGUCCCAAUCAGAACCGCUGCAUUGUAAUCCUCAGAGAGGUUCCUGAGAGCACACCCAUCCAGGAGGUGGAGGCGCUCUUUAAAGGGGAAAACUUACCCAGGUUCAUCAACUGUGAAUUUGCCUACAACGACAACUGGUUCAUCACCUUCGAGUCCGAGGCAGACGCCCAGCAGGCCUAUCAGUAUCUGCGCGAGGAGGUGAAGACCUUCCAAGGGAAACCAAUAAAGGCCAGGAUCAAGGCCAAGGCGAUCGCCAUCAACACUUUCAUGCCAAAGAACGGUUACCGUCCGGUGGAGGUGAACCCGUACGCCCAGCAGCGCUUCACCUCCUACUUCAUCCCUCCAGUGUACAGCCCGCAGCAGCAGUUCCCUCUGUACAGUCUGAUCACGCCACAGGCCUGGUCCACGACCCACAGCUUCAUCGACCCCACGCUGGUCGCCCCGUUUCACAACAACCAGUUCAUCAACGGAUUCACCACGUCACACGGUUUCAAACCGGCGGCGUCGCCGCUUACCGUCAGACACUACUCACUCAGGAACAGGAAUCACAGUAAACCUCACCUGAGGCCCGGCGUCCACUCAGCGGCCGACCGCAGCACGGGGCUCCUGGACAGUCCCGGGAUUUUUCCCAGCUUUCACAGCGAGAGGCUGAACGGCAUCCGGGGCAGUCCGCCCACACGCCUGCCCUCCUCCCAGCCCAGGACCCGGGUCCCCUCCAGCACGCCCUUCCCCCGCAGAGACACGGCCGGUACAGGGAGGCUGACGGAGCCCCAGACCUCGGACUUCUCCCUGGGCCUCGGCCGAGGACGGAAAAAAAGGGAAGAAAAGUUUACAAGGGUGACGCCGCACUCGCCGCCACCUCCCCCCAAACCUCCGUCUCCCAGCUUUGAGCUGGGUCUGUCCAGCUUCCCCCCCCUGCCCGGAGCGGCCGGUCAGCUCAGGACUGACGACGUGUCCGACAGCCGGCUGGUCAGCAGCGUCGUCGCCGCAGCUGCCAAGGAACAGAAUGUUGGAUUGGAGUCCGGUUCUGGAGGAGUUCUCUCUCCGCCCGGCCCCACAGAACCUCUUCUGUCCCCCGCCCCCCCGAAGCCCUCGCCAACGUCAUCGACCUCCCCCCUGAGCCCAGCCGCCUGCCCACCGCUCAGCCCCGCCCCCUCUGUCCAAGCAGGGGAGGCGAAGGCAACAGAGCUGAAGCAGAAGGAGGCGCUGUCCGUGGAGCGAGUUCCUGGAACUCUUUCCACUGCCAGUAAAUCUGUGCAGGUCAACGGCGCCGCCACGGAGCUGAGGAAACCGUCGUACGCCGAGAUCUGCCAGCGCGUGAAAGACAACCCCGCUUCACAGCCAACGCCGACCAACAAGGAAGCCAAGCCAGCCUGCGGUGCCCCCGCAGGUGAGGAGAGGAAGUGCCCCGAUGCCUCCGCCUGUCCCUCGGGUGAAGCCAAGUCCUGCAGGAACCCGACCUCCAGUCGGACGCCCAGAGAGAGCCGCAGAGAGACGGGACGCUGGGCCUCCCCGCCGCCUCCGACGCAUCCAGGGAAAAGUCACCACACUCCGCCCAAGUCUCCGCAGUAGAGA